GUCCGGACUAUUAAUAAAAAUAUUAUUUUUAAAGAUUUUAUAGAAGAUAUAGACUAUAGAAUCAUUUGCGCCACGGUCGCUUUAGGGAUAGGGAUGGAUAUACCUAACGUUAAUAGAGUAGUCCAAUUUAGACUUCCCAAAAAACUAAGCUUUACAGAUUUCUAG